AUGGCCAUUCUUGAAACAAAAGUUCGAAGUACAAAUGUCAAUAGAGUAUGCUUUAGCAUUUGGGAAGGUUGGGAACAUUGUAGUAAUAUGAGUGAUGCUUCUAUAGGUAGAAUUUUGAUUGGUUGGAAUAAAGCUACUAUUAGACUCAAUGUUAUUGCGGAUGAUAGCCAAUAUAUACAUUGUGAUGUGAAGCUUGUUAAGGAGAAUUCUAGCAUUGGCUUGACAAUAGUCUAUGGCAGCAAUAAUCCUAUGGAGAGAAAGGUUCUUUGGCGUAAUCUCAUAAAUCAAGCCCAUAUGAUGCAAAAUACACCUUGGAUCAUACUAGGAGAUUUCAACACCAUCAAACACCCCUUAGAAAAGGUUGGUGGGGCUGAUUGGGGAAACUACUACUGUGAAGACCUUAGUAAUUGUAUGAGAGAUGCUGAAUUGGAGGACCUAAGGUUCAUGGGUCAUCUCCUAACUUGGAGUAAUUGUAGUGAAGGAGCGAGAAGGAUUGCAUGCAAACUUGAUAGGGCUCUCAUCAAUGAUUCAUGGAAGGAUCUAUUCCCAAAUGCCAUGGCUCAUUUCUUCAACCCCUCCAUUUCCAAUCAUUCUCCAUGUUUGGUGAGAGUUGGUACCAUAGAAGAUUCCUUAAUCUCCUUCCCUGCUCUGCUCAUCAAAUUUAUAUACAACACAAAAAAGCUCUCCCCAAACCCUCCACCAGGGCCCCUUUCCUUCCCCAUUUUCGGCAACUUACUGUUGCCCUGCAAAGUUGCCAAAUUGGAGCCCAUUCUCCUCAAACUCCACGCUAAAUUUGGUCGAAUUUUAACUCUUCACUUUGGUUGUACGCCUUCCAUCUUCAUCGCUGACCGCACUCUUGCCCACCAAGCCUUAAUUCAAAAUGGAACGAUAUUUGCUGACAGGCCACCGGGCCCUGACGGUAGAUACAAAAAUACUAUUAGCUCCGCCGCUUACAGCCCUACGUGGCGACUUCUUCGGCGAAACCUCACUUCACAGAUUCUGAAUUCAUCACAAGUGAAAUCCUAUUCACAUAUACGCAAGAGGGUGUUGCGUAAUUUACUAGAAUGUAUGAAAUCUCAGUCUAGCUCAUGCGAUUCGGUGCCGGCGAUUGAGUACUUUCAAUACUCCAUGUUUAGCUUGUUAGUCCUCAUGUGUUUCGGGGACAAUAUUGAAGAGAAACAAAUCAAGGAAAUAAAAGGCGCCCACGAUCGUUUGAUGUUGAGUGUUGGUCGAGUCAAUACACUGAAUAUGUGGCCGAGAGUGACAAGGAUUUUUUUUCGGAAACAGUGGAAGGAGCUAUUUGUGGUAAGGCAGCAAUACAAAGAUUCUAUGAUCCCUUUGAUAAGAGAGCGAGAGAAAGUAAAGGAAAACAAUUUGAGAAAAGAUAAAUAUGUUUUAUGUUAUGUUGAUACAUUUUCAGGCCUCCGAAUCCCGGAGGAUAACAGGAAGCUUACUGAAGAUGAAAUGGUGGAUCUAUGCUUUGAGUUUCUGAAUGGGGGUACUGAUACAACGUCGGCAGCAUGGGAGUGGAUUAUGGCAAAUUUGGUGAAGUAUCCACAUAUCCAAGAGAAACUAUACAUGGAGAUUAAAGGAGUGGUGAGAGAUCGACAGGGGAUUUUGAAAGUUGAAAAUUUACAGAAGAUGUCGUAUUUGAAAGCAGUAAUACUAGAAGGUUUAAGGCGACACCCUCCAAGCCAUUUUUCAUUGCCUCAUGCAGUAACAGAAGAUGUGAUUUUAGGUGGGUUUUUAGUGCCAAAGAAUGCCACUGUUAAUUUCUUCAUAGCAGAGAUUGGAUGGGAUCCUGAAGCCUGGGAAGAUCCAAUGGCGUUUAAGCCGGAGAGGUUUUUGAGCAGUCAUAUGAAUAAUAGAGAGGAAAUAUUGUUAAAUGCAAAAGAAGGGAGUAUAGAGAUGAAGAUGAUGCCAUUUGGGGCAGGGAGAAGAAUAUGUCCCGGGUAUGCAUUGGCAAUACUUCAUUUGGAGUACUUCGUGGGGAAUAUGGUUUGGCAUUUUGAGUGGAAAGGCGUUGGUGGAAAUGAGAUUGAUAUGGAAGAGAAGCAAGAGGUUUUAACUGUUAAGAAGAAUCCAUUGAAGGUUCUUUUAUGUCCCAGAAUAAAAUUUAAUUAA